AUGGCAGGACCGGCACCGCAAGAACACAUGAAGACCCAACAAAAAUGUAUUGCCAUUUUCGCCUUGGUCUGCUGCUUUGCCAUUCUGUUGGCUUUGUUCUUCUCGUCCGUGGACAUUUGGGGAGAUAGUGAAGACGGGAUCACAGAGGAAAACUGCAGCAAGAACUGCAGCAUUGUUCUUGUGGAGAAUAUUCCCGAAGACCUCUUCCCCACCGAUGCCAAGAGGGGCGUACCUCUGUCUGCAGGCUUCCACACACUGUUGGAUCUGGCAAAAUACUCAGUUGAGGUGGUGUCGCCUGUCUGGACCCUCACUUCAUGGGACACGGAACCCACACCAGGUUCUGCAAAACAGGGUCAGCUUUUGUUCCAGAGACUAAUCGGACUAAAAUCUCGAGGGGUUAAAUUGAAAAUUGCCAGCAGCCUGACGGAUUCACAUGAGCUCAAGACCUUGGCAGUACACGGUGCUGAGGUGACUUUUGUCAAUAUGUCAGUCUUCACCAAAGGGGGCCUGCAUUCUUCGUUUUGGAUAGUGGAUCGUGAGCACCUGUAUAUUGGAAGUGGUGAGAUGGACUGGAGGUCAUUUUCUAAAAGGAAAGAGCUGGGCCUGAUGCUCUAUAACUGCAGCUGUCUGGCACUAGACCUACACAGAGUCUUCUCCUUUUACUGGCAGCUCCAUGAGCGGGACUACAUCCCCACCAUCUGGUCCAGACGAGUCUCAGCCCUCUAUAAAAGACACGAGCCACUGGAGCUACAAGUCAAUGAAACUGAAGCCACAACUUAUGUUUCUACCUCUCCUGAACUCUUCUGCUCUAAAGAUCGAACCAAAGACAUAGACGCCAUAUAUCAAGUCAUCCACAGUGCCAAAACAUUCAUCCUCAUCUCAGUGACCGAUUACCUCCCUUUGGUGGACAGAAAACUCAGAGGAAGCACGGUUACCAGGUACUGGUCAAUUAUCGAUGAAGUCAUCAGAGAAGCUGUGGUGCUGAGAGGAGUCAAAGUCCGCAUGCUUAUUACGUACUGGAAAGAAACUCAUCCUCUCACCUUUAACUUUGUUUCAUCUCUCAAGUCGCUUUGUUUGCAACUGCACAACUGCUCCCUGGAAGUGAGAUUCUUUAGUCAAAAGGAGAAAAAGGGAGAUUUCCAGGACCCACUCAAUCACAAUAAAUAUGUGCUGACUGAUAAUUCUUUAUACAUGGGUAACCAUGACUUGGUCGGUAGUGACUUUGCCAUCAACGCAGGAGUGGGACUUGUAAUCAUGAUGCAGAAUAAUCUCAAAAACAGAAGAAAGACGAUUCUUGGCCAAGUAACAACUGUGGGAAUUCAGCAGCGGCGGAGGGCGAAGACCCCAGACUGCCCCAGACUGAUGCCUCUGCAGACGGAGGAGGAUGGAGCGGCCGCACUGGACACAGCACUGUUUUCCAUCUAA